AGACCAUGCAUUUUCACUAAAUGAAAAAAAUGGAAUAUUUCAUUAAGUUUUGGAUUGAAUUAAUUCAUGACGCUUUGAAAAUGACAUAUCGCUUAUUACACAAAAUCAAGCACAUGAAUAAAUGUCCUGUUCAGAAAUCUGUUUGUUUCUGGUAUUAAAUUAUCAUUGUGCUAGCGAUUAAGUCUGAAACACUGAAGUUUAUAAAUUAUGCCAAUUUUUAAUGGCCGUUGCUUGUUAGUCUGUGGAUAGAGCGGACGAAGUGGUCCAGUUGUAACGACGCUCUCUGACUACGAAACCAGGUGUUGUGAGUUCCAGCCCCACUCCUCUAAAUAAAAAAUACUAACAUUUGGAUAAAAGUCACGUGUAUGGGUGCUUUACACAUGGCAAGUUAAAGAACCAGGGAAACUUCUGGAAUUGGAGCGUCUUCUGUAUCUUGCACUUUCUUCCCACUAACAUUACUAACAGUCUUCUGGAGGAGUCGUCCUUAUUGGUUACCGUUGGCGACUGUAAAUAAACUUACAUACAAACAAACAAACUCUGUAGACGAAAUGUCAGGGGAGGUGAGUAGCGUCAUAGAUUUGGACUACAUAGAACGUAACCAAGCAAAUCAAUAGUAGACUAGGUUGAUUGAACCCGUAUAAGAGAGGUAAUGAAAUAAACAUUGAAUGUACUCCUUGAACUCACAGGGUCGGAAAAUAUUAAGGUGUCAUACUUUCUCACUUAAAGUUUCUGCUUUGAGUACCUGAAUGUGAGUUUUAUUAUUUUGUAUAAGACAUAUAAAAUAUUCUGAGACACAUAAAGUUAAUCUAAAAUUGCUCUAAUGGUGAGAAAGAUGUUUGCAAUAAAUGUAUAUGUUCACAGUUAUUAUAACACAUCUAUAUUCAGACAUGUUUUAUGCUUAUCUGGCUUUAUGAUUACCAUGUUUAGCUCCGGACGAAUUCAACUAUGACCCCCUGAAAAUGUACCUUUAUAAAAAGGCGAUUAGAACUGGGAUGGAGAGAGAAAGCAGUGUACGAGUAAAUAUUAUUGGAAACUUCUCCCAAGGCAAAACAUCAUUAACACGGCGCUUGAUAGGUCAAAACUGUGAUGGGGUUAUAUCUACAAAUGGCAUAGAAAUCAGAAGGUUUAGAUGUAGAAAGAUGAAAGAGGGACGAUUGAAAUUAGUGGAAGAUGAAAACAAGGACUUUUUUGGUAGAAUAGCUGCAGUUGCACGCUCUUUUGAUACUCAGAAAUUGAGUGAAAAAGUUGAACGUACAGCAACUGCGAACACACAGAACAGUCAUACCGUUUCAGCAACCGCAGAAGACCAUACAUUUUCACUAUGGCAAACUCAGUUUCCAACAACAUCUCAAGAGCCUACUGAUGAUAGACCUGUGUCCUUGAAUGUGCAAAAACCGGUUAUAAACACAACACAACUUCCUUCUAUUUCAAGCGAAGAUUAUCAAACAUUUUCUAGUGGAGUUGACCAAGAAAAAGAUGAUGUAGAACUGUCCUUUGACAUGUGGGACUUUGGUGGCCAGUACAUCUUUUAUGCAACGCAUACUUUGUUUCACAGCAGAAAAGCUUUGUAUCUUCUUGUAGUUGAUUUAUCAUCUCCUCUUGAUAAGAUUGUGAUUGAUAAUGAAUUUCCCACCGAAAGCGGCGAAAAAGACAUGGAAUAUUUCAUAAAGUUUUGGAUUGAAUCAAUUCAUGCAUUUGUUGGACCUGGACCUCCAGUUAUUAUUGUUGGGACACAUAAAGAUAAAAUUCAAGGCAACGAGGAAUCGAAACAGUACUUCGACCAGAUAAGAAGUAUUUUCGAGGACACAGACAUGAUUGACCAUAUUCAACCUCAAGACUUUGCUGUGGAUAAUCACGAUUUGUGUGACACUGAGAUACCAAAUCUUCUUCAGUAUCUAAUACAGAAAGGCAGUGAACUGGUGCAAACUGUAGAAAUCCCUGCUCGGUGGAUACAACUCGAAAAUACAUUAAACCAACACAGGCACAAAAAUGUUAUUACUUUCCAGGACGUUAUUAAAAUUGAUGCCAAUAAUGAGUAUCCCUUGAAAGAGGAGCAACAAGUGAAACUUUUUCUACAAUAUCAUCAUGAGAAAGGAACAUUAUUCUAUUUUGACGAAAAACCGAUGUCAGAGCAUGUCGUCCUAGACCCUGGCUUUCUAGUAGAUGCGUUCAAAUGUAUCAUCACGCCCGAGCGAUUUCGCCUAAACGACAUUUCCAUACGUCAUUUAUGGUGUUGCCUGAGAGAUGAGGCUAAGCUAACGGAUGAGUUGAUAAACAAGGUUUGGAGUCAUAAUAACGAAGACUUCAUGAAACACAAGAUGGUCCUUCUAGGUUAUCUCAAGAAGCAUUUCAUAAUAUCACAGGUAGUAGAGUAUGACAUGGCAAGAGGAACUUAUAAAGAGCAAGACUGGUACAUUGUUCCAAGUCUUCUUAAAGACAAAUGCUUGAUGGAUGUAAUGGAAGAUUUUCUUAGAGAAAAGCCGCGAACAAUGGUUCGAUACUUUAUGCAUUUUGAACAGACAUCAAUUGUACAAAUGCUUUUCCACAGACUGAUAAGUGCGGCACUUGGAAAAUGGGCUAUCCUAAAGUUUGGAAACAAACAGAUGUUGUUUAAAAAUCUUGCUGUUUUUAAACUCCAAGAAAGUCUUGCAGGCAUAGCAGAACUAAGAUAUUCUGGCAUAGAAUUACGGGUAGUGAGUCUGUGUAAAACCACGAUUGGAAAUCAAGUACCUGAUGGAUUUAGGCGUUUCAUAGAAGCCAUUGUUACUCAUGAAUUCAGAAAAUUAAAAUCACAGAUGGGUGACAAUGCCAAGCCGUUUUCGCAAAAAUACAGGUGUAACCACAAAAUUCACCACCUACAUGGUAGUCAUCAAAUAAGGGAUAUUUGUCUCCUUCAAGAGAAAAAUUCCGUGUUCUGUCCAGACAAUUAUACCCACAAGGAAGCUAGUAGUAGUGAAGCAAAGGCAGAAUGGUUUCAAGACGAAAACAUUGCAACUGUAUAUCCCAAAAAGAUCUUAACGGAGAAAGAUCUUAGUCAAUUGGCACAAGCAGCAAUCGGUAAAGGCUGGCAAUUGUUAGGAAUUGAACUUGGCAUAAAACAAGUUGAAAUAGACCAUAUCAUGGAAGAGAAUUCUCAGAUUGCCAUGAAGAUAUUUCAAAUGCUCCUGAAGUGGAAAGCAAAUUCCGAAGACAAUGCGACAUUAGACGUUCUGGCUGGAUCAAUACAAAAAUGUCCAUCGGUCACAGUUGAAUGGGAUGAACUUCGAAACAUCAAAGACGAAGAAAGUGGAAUAUUGAGGAGCGAUCAUUCAGUCAUUAGUCAACCUUUACAGGACCUUACUGUCAAAGAAAAUGAAAACAUGUUCUUGGAAUGUGCCGUUUCAAAACCAGAUGUUCAAGUAAUAUGGUUAAAAGAUAAUGAAGAAAUUUACUCAGAGAUUCGUCGAAGGAAGUGCGUGGACAAGUAUUUACACCGACUGAUUGUUGAAGAUGUUAACACCACAGAUGCCGGUAUAUACAAAUGUGUCUUUGAAGACAGUUGUACAACGUGUACUGUCACAGUCGAAGAAAGACAAAAGCCAACUGAAUUCCUUCAGACGCUCUCGGACAUAUGUAUUGAAGACAAAUCUGGAUCUGCCAGUUUUCAAUGUAAAAUAAACAAAGUAAGUGUAGACGUCAAAUGGUACCAUGGAAGUCAGGCCUUAUCACCGUCAGAAAAAUAUCAGCUUUUUGAUGAAGGGCCUGUUCAUAUACUAAAGAUACUCAAUGUUACGGACACAGAUGAAGGCAUGUAUCAUAUCGUUGUUGAUGGACAAAUAUCCUCUGCUAUGCUCAAUAUAGAAGACACAGAAGAAGAAAGAGAAUUAAUUCGACAGUAUUUAGCAGAAAAACGCAAAUCUGAGCAUAAACAAACAAGUGAACGAGAUCCUGUGCCUGCACCCAAAACUCGUGCUGAAGAAAAUAUAUCGUAUGCCCAGGACCUGAAACGAAUGGGAGCAACUAUAUGUGUAGCAGCAAGUGAAAGACUGUGCGAAAAUACAAAAGAGCUGGCAGUAGAAAAAGGCGAAAUAUUACAGGUAUUAGACAAGUCUAGAAACUGGUGGAAUUUGCAGAAUUAUCAGGGGGAGACUGGCUACGCACCUUACACAAUAUUGAAGGAUUAUCAACCUUGGGAUGAGUUUUAUUAUGGUGGUGGUGGACAACAUGUGAGCGGAUAUUACAACAGUUAUAUGAACGGUGGCGCUCCACCGGCAGCAAAUCGAUCAGCAAGUCGCGGAGACACAGAAGAAGAAAGAGGCUUUAUUCGACAACAUUUAGCAGAGAAAUCUGAGUAUGUACUUUUUAGUACUGAUUAUUUGUCACUGACAUUAUAUUUAUUUGUUAAGCUCCCUUCUAUGCAAAUUUUAAUGUUUAUUUUAUAUGUAAGAGUUAUGAAACAUAACACAAAUGUUUUAAGAUGAUUUCCAGCGGGUACAUAUAUCGUUCCUUUUACUUUGUCUGGCGAAAGUGAGACGUCUGUUGAUUGUCAGAUACUAGGAUCAAGGAUUACAGUUGCAAAUAUGGUGAACAUCAGUCAAUGAUAUUGAUCAAUCGAUUAAUUACUUCUUUCUGUUUGGCUUUCCGUAGACGCAAAGUCAACAAAUGAACACUGAUCCAACGCUUUUUGGAAGAGUGACGAAAAACAUGUAAAACAACUUGGUCAUCAUACGCACUUCGAUUGCAACACUUAUUGUAAAGAUUCUGUCUUAAAAAAGAUCACCAUGCGUUGAUAUUAAACGAAGAUAUGUCAAACUGCAAUAAGUGUGUGUAAGCGACCGAAAUUAACGAGUUUACCUCCAGUCAUUGUUUAUAACCAGAAAUAUAAAGAUGCCAUUUUGUCCUUCCGUAAGUCCAUCCGUCUAUCUGUCUAUUCGUCCAUUCCAAGGGUUUUAUCUGAAUAACUUCUGCUGGAUUUCAAGGAAUUUUGCCGAAACAAUAAAACUUGUAUUACUAUGAAGUGACCUUGUUUAUAUUGUCAGGACAUGAAUACUAGUAUACUUGAUUCAAAUUCAUCAGUUUACAACCAGAGUUUCAAUCUUCUAGCACGUCCAAAAUUCAAUGCUAGAUCGAAAAUCAUUUUCGACUUCUGUUCAGAAAAUUGAAUAACAAUCUUCUAUCAAAGCUCGUUGUUAAUUAAUAGCAGAUCUUGAAAAUUUGAAUUUCUACAUUCCGACUGGCUAGAAAUGCAUUGCUAGAUUUUCAAAACGCCGCGCAAGCUCAAAUUAGAUUUAAGACAAGAUCGAAAUUAAGCUACAAUUGUAUUUUUAAAGGACCAUGUAUGAUAAGGCACAGUUUUAGCCCCCAAAUUUUGAAGAAAAUAAAAUUAAAACUACAUCUCAACGAUAUGAAUUAUUUGAAAGAUAAAGGAUUAAUCUUGCAUUUUAUAAAGAAAAAAUGCAACAGUUUUGCCUAAAAAGUCAUGAUACAUGGUCUAGUUUCAUGCCAUCAACAGAGAUUUUGUACAUUUUUAGACAUUUUCGUGCACUUUAUCACCAAAAUACGAUACGAGCGCAGGGGAGAACAAUUUUAAUUUUUGGAUAUGUUUUGAGGAUUGCAAAAACACGAAGAAUGAUACAUGAGAGAAAAUUGUUCUAAAGUGCGCUCGUAGUAAAUUUUGAACAAAUACGGUAUUUUCGUCGGAAAAUUCUACUCUAAAAAUAGCCAUGUAAAGGGACGAAACUCUUGAUCUCCUUGAAGAGCUUGGCGUAAAGGUAAAUAAAAACAUGUUGUGACGUAAUGCGGAAGUGAUAUCGGUUGCUUGAAAAAUGGAUUUUUGUCAAAUUACAGGUAAAUUAGACCUUUUGAUAGUAUUUGCAUAGCAUUUUAAGAAGUUCUCAUUAUCAUUAACAUAUAACCAUGGAUUUAUUUCAAUGCUGUUAGCGUGUCAUACAAAAAUUACGUUAUUAUUACUUGAUCAGUCGGCGAAAAUCUUGACUUUGGUCAAACUCGUCAAAGAUUUUUAGAUUCUGUAAAAUAUUAUACUAAAUACGCGUUAUAUGAACCAGAUCUAAAUAUCACGGUACUAACUUGGUUACACAAUAGAGGAACUUGUGUAAGGCAGCUAUUUAAUCAGAAUUGGCUAUUCCAGAACAUUCCCCAUUGUGUUGUGGAAGGGAAGUGGCUAUUCCUACGGUCCCGUAAGAAUAGCCUCACAGGCUAUUCAUACGGCUCUCCCGUAAGAAUAGUGAAAUAGCCCGCAGAUGGCUAUUCCUACGGCUCUAAAGAAAGCUUUGUAUGUCCAUCUUGUAUUGCAUUGUACUGAAUAAAUUCAACUGGUAUAUUUUCGAACAAAUUGUUUACUUUUCAGUUUCACAUCCAGGGCGCCCCCUCCCAAUAAUUUGACCAAUUAAGCUAAUUCUCUUAACAAUCUUUUGACAACGAGUCAAUUUUAGCUGUGUCCUGCAGUUUUAUAGUUGUUUUUGAGGUUUUAACAACCACUUUUAAAAAAAAACAAAAAAAAAAAACGUUGUUUAACAGUUUAUGGAACUGGGUUUGUUAUAGGUCGGCUGACUUUCAAAAUGUACGCCGCCCUAGCUCCCCACUCUAAAAAUGCUUCCUACGUGCCUGACAAGCGCCUGGAUUCUUCCUCUAGUACCAGAAAGACUGGAAAAUCAUCAAAUGACACAUUUUCCUGUCAAUGUUAUGUUAAGCAUUUUCACACACAAUAUGUAGCUGUCCGGCAAUGAAAGCCUUAAUGCAUGAAUAUUUGAUCACCACCCGAAAGAAAAUGCACCUACCUUCCAAUCAAAAUUUAACAGUGACUUAAUGAUAAUGAACAUGUAAUGGAGGCCAAAUGCAAGUGGUAUUAGAAAACUUAUUUUUCCUUGAAAAGAUAAAAUUUUUAUGCAGCUUCU